CUUUUCCGAUAAAGGGACGGGCACAGAUGUGAAGGCAGAGAUGUCUCCAGCCCUCUCCUGUCUGCUGCUGCUGCUGCUCCUGGAGGGCUGCCUGGGAUGCCAGCAUCCUGCCUGCUGCUGCCUGGGCAGGGUCUUCAUCUGCCAGGAGAGCCAGGUGGUCCAGGUUCCCCGGGACAUCCCUGCCAACACCACCGAGCUGAGAUUUGUCCUCACCAAGAUGAGAGUCAUUCCCAAAGGAGCUUUCACAGGACUUGUUGACCUAGAGAAAAUAGAGAUCUCACAGAAUGAUGCCUUGGAGGUCAUAGAAGCAAAUGUGUUUUCCAACCUUCCCAAACUACAUGAAAUAAGAAUUGAGAAAGCCAACAACCUCGUGUACAUUGAUAAAGAUGCCUUCCAACACCUCCCAAGCCUCAGAUACUUGUUAAUAUCAAACACUGGCCUUCGGUUUUUACCUGCUGUCCACAAGAUUCACUCUUUCCAGAAAGUUUUGCUAGAUAUUCAAGACAAUAUCAAUAUACGUACAAUUGAAAGAAAUUCAUUCAUGGGCCUGAGUUCUGAAAGUGUGAUUCUGUGGCUCAAUAAAAAUGGAAUUCAGGACAUUGAGGAUCAUGCAUUUAAUGGAACAUACCUGGAUGAGCUAAAUCUAAGUGACAAUCACAACCUAGAAAAAUUACCAAAUGAGGUCUUCCAGGGAGCCAAUGGACCUGUUGUUUUGGAUAUUUCCAGCACGAAAAUCAGUUUCCUGCCAAGUCAUGGAUUAGAACUCAUUAAGAAGCUAAGAGCAAGGUCUACAUACAAUUUAAAAAAGCUUCCUGACUUAAGCAAAUUUAGAUCUUUGAUUGAGGCAAACUUCACCUAUCCUAGCCAUUGCUGUGCAUUUACAAACUGGAAAAGACAAAAGACUGAAUUACAUCCAAUAUGUAGCAUAUCUCAGGUGAAGCAAGACUUUGAGGAGAAGCCCGGCAAAAAACUACAGAGAAGGUCUGCAGCUGAAGAUUAUAUUUCCAACUAUGGCAUAGGAUUUGACCCAGCAGAGAAUGAAUUUGACUAUGGUUUAUGCAAUGAAGUAGUUAAUGUAGCCUGCUCUCCUAAACCCGAUGCUUUCAACCCAUGUGAAGAUAUCAUGGGAUACAACAUUUUGAGAGUUCUGAUAUGGUUCAUCAACAUUUUAGCUAUUACUGGGAACACUGUUGUCCUCAUUAUUUUAAUAAGCAGUCAAUACAAACUCACUGUUCCUCGCUUUCUGAUGUGCAAUCUUGCCUUUGCGGACCUCUGCAUCGGGAUCUACCUGCUUUUCAUCGCCUCUGUAGACAUCCAGACCAAAAGCCAGUACUACAACUAUGCCAUAGACUGGCAGACUGGGGCAGGAUGCAACGCUGCAGGAUUCUUCACGGUGUUUGCCAGCGAGCUGUCGGUGUACACGCUGACGGUGAUCACCCUGGAGCGCUGGCACACCAUCACCUACGCCAUGCAGCUGCACCGCAAGCUGCGCCUGCGCCACGCCGUGACCGUCAUGGUUUUUGGCUGGCUGUUUGCCUUCACAGUCGCUCUCCUUCCCAUAUUUGGGGUCAGCAGCUACAUGAAGGUCAGCAUCUGCCUGCCCAUGGAUAUAGAGACGCCAUUUGCCCAGGCUUACGUUAUGUUCCUCUUGGUGCUGAACGUGCUGGCGUUCGUUGUCAUUUGCGUCUGCUACACCUGCAUCUACUUCACCGUGCGCAACCCCAACGUCGUCUCCUCCAACAGCGACACCAAGAUCGCCAAGCGCAUGGCCAUACUGAUCUUCACCGACUUCCUCUGCAUGGCCCCCAUCUCCUUCUUUGCCAUAUCCGCCUCGCUCAAGGUUCCUCUCAUCACAGUGACCAACUCCAAGAUCCUGCUGGUUUUGUUUUACCCCAUCAACUCCUGCGCUAACCCCUUCCUCUACGCCAUUUUCACCAAGACUUUCCGCAGGGAUUUCUUCAUUCUCUUGAGCAAGUUUGGUUGCUGUGAAAUGCAGGCCCAGAUUUACAGAACAGAGAUCUCCUCAUCUGCUCAUACUUUCCACACAAGAAACGGCCACUGCCCUCCUGCAUCAAAAAAUGGUGAUGGCACUAUUUAUUCCUUGGUUCCCCUGAAUCACUUGAAGUGAAAUGCUUGCAUAAAUUUGUGUCUGAGGCAGUGUGCUAAUCACUUGCAAGUAUGUGAAUUUGAAUAAUGACUUCAGCAUAACUUGCAAACUUGUUUUUUAUGAAAAGAAAAUUCUUUCCAAUUCCCUAUUUUAGUUCAAUGAACAAGCACCAGAGAUGACAUAUCAUCUUCAUCAGUUCUUGAAGAACAAAGUGGUGAAGUGUUCAUGUAGAACUGUCUCAAGAAAUAAAUGAGAUCAUAAACUGGUAUCUCCCACCAUGCAGG